AUGGGGCGGCAGCCUGUUAAAAACAGCUGUUUCCGGCUUGUCAGCGCCGGGAGGAGUGGAAGCUGGAGCGUUCGGAGGCGGUCGGCGUUGCUAUGCGGCGGCGGCGGCUUGGAGGUGCCCUUCAUCCCCUCGCCCCUCACGGAUCUCUGGGACGCUCUCCUGACGUUUUUCGGGGGUCCUGGAGGCGCCAUGGGGAGCCCAGGGUGCCGGUUGCGAGCCGGCGGUGGUGGCGGCAGCGGCGGCAGACCCACACCUAACAACUACCACCAGUUCCUGGCCUUGGUGUUUGCAAUGACAGAGAUCAACAAGGAUCUGGUUCUCCUCCCCAACAUCUCCCUGGGCUUCCACAUGUAUGACAAUAACCAGUGGGAAUGGAGUAUUUCUUUAAUCAGCCUCUUCCUGCUCUCCACACGUGACCGAAUGGUUCCAGGUUAUAAAUGUGACAGGCAGGACCCUCUGCUCUCUGUCGUUGGAGGUGACAAUGCCAAAUCCUCAAGGCUGAUGGCCUCCAUCUUCAGCCUCUUCAAGGUCCCACAGCUCAGUGUUGGCUUUGAGUCCACUUGCGUAGACAGAAGACUUUAUCUUUCCUUCUUCUGGAUUAAUCCCAAGGAAUCUAUUCAGUAUGUGGCUUUAGUGCAGCUGCUCCUGUAUUUCCAGUGGAACUGGGUUGGGCUUCUGGCCGCUGGAAGUGACAGUGGGGCACAUUUCAUCUCAACUCUGAGGCCAAUGCUGAAGGAGAAGGAGAUCUGCCUGGCCUUCAUUGAAACGGUGAAAGGUGAUUCUGUACAUCAUAUGGUCCAGAUUCUUCCUUAUUUGAGGAAUGUCAAGUUCAACAACAGUGCUGGAGAUGAAAUCUCCUUCUCAGAAAAUAGACUGAGAUCUGUUCGUUACGAUCUUCUCAACUGGGUUUUCUUCCCCAAUCGAUCAAUUGUCCUUGUGGAAGUCGGGCAAAUCGAUCCCUGGGCUCCCCCAGAUGCAGCUCGCUGUGAUCCCUGCCCAGAAGACCAAUAUCCCAACAAGGACAAGGACCACUGCAUUGCCAAGAAGAUCCACUUCCUCUCCUAUCAAGACCCCCUGGGAUGCACUUUAGUUUCUCUCACUGUUUCUCUCUCUCUGAUCACGUUGGCAGUUCUGGCAAUUUUCCUUAAACAUCGUGACACACCAAUCGUCAAGGCCAACAACCAAGAUCUCACCUACCUCCUCCUGAUCUCCCUCCUCUUCUGCUUCCUCUGCUCCUUCCUCUUCAUUGGUCGACCCAGGAAGUUCACUUGUCUCUUUCGACAAACUGCCUUUGCCAUUCUCUUUGCCCUUGUAGUUUCCUCUGUCUUGGCAAAAACUGUCAUGGUGGUUCUGGCCUUCAUGGCCACCAAGCCAGGAAACAAGACAAGGAAACUCUUAGGAAAACCUCUGGCAAACUCCAUUGUUUUAGCCUGUCCCCUGAUACAAGCAAUUAUUUGUGCCACCUGGCUGAUAACCUCUCCCCCAUUUCCCAGCAUGGAUUUCCAUUCCUUGACUGGAGAGACUAUCUUGGAAUGUAAUGAAGGUUCAGCUUCGAUGUUUUAUGCUGUCCUCAGCUACCUGGGUUUCCUGGCCCUUGUGAGUUUCACAGUGGCUUUUCUGGCUAGGAAAUUGCCUGACAGCUUUAAUGAAGCCAAGUUCAUUACUUUUAGCAUGCUGGUCUUUUGCAGUGUUUGGAUCUCAUUCCUUCCCACUUACCUGAGCACCAAAGGGAAGUCCAUGGUGGCUGUGGAGAUCUUCUCCAUCUUGGCCUCUGGGGCUGGGCUCUUGGCUUGCAUCUUUUUCCCCAAAUGCUACAUCAUCCUAUUCAGGCCUGAUCUGAAUCAGAGAAAAAGUAUAAUGGGGCACAAGAAUCUCUGA